AUGGGCACUGAUACUUUGAGUCCUGUUAGAGAUAAUUAUGCAAAACGUAAAGUAGUAGAUCACUGCUGUCCAGAAUUCGCCUUUAAACCUGUGGCAUUCACUCGGAAAAUCGAUGUUGGUUCUCCACCUAAGGCUGGAGCUUUCAUGCACAGAAUGCUAAAAUGUGACACUCAGUUUAAAAUCUUUUAUAAUCGAGGUGACUUUCCUAUUGCCUUGGAGCACGAUAGUAAGGGAAACAAAAUCGCAUGGAAAGUGGAAAUUGAAAAACUAGAUUACCAUCAUUAUUUGCCACUGUUUUUUGAAGGUCUAGCGGAAACUGAACAUCCAUAUGAAUUCUUUGCAAGGCAAGGUGUCCAUGAUUUGCUUGAACAUGGAGGAAACAAAAUCCUUCCUGUCAUACCUCAACUUAUAAUUCCAAUAAAGUCUGCUCUUAACUUACGCCAGCACAAAGUUUGCUGUACGGUCCUCAAAGCUAUUCAACAUUUAGUCGUUUCUGGCGAAAUGAUUGGAGAAGCCCUUGUACCGUACUACAGACAGCUUUUACCUGUUAUGAAUACAUUCAUAAAUAAAAACAAGAAUUUAGGCGACGGAAUUGACUAUGGUCAACAAAAACGCGAGAAUCUGGGUGAUUUGGUCCACGAAACUUUGGAAAUACUUGAAAUGCAUGGUGGAGAAAAUGCUUUCAUAAAUAUAAAAUAUAUGGUACCAACUUAUGAGUCAUGCAUGCUUCAAUAA